AUGGCGAUUGCCGCCGCACCCUUUAGGUUCACGACGCUCACCUCCACCGCCACGUCCCGCCAUUAUUUAUGCUCUUCCCAACGCUUAUUUCCAUCUUUCUCCUUUAGGCGGCCGUCGUCUCAUUUAAUUGUUCCCAAAUGCGAAACCGGUAAGAAUGCCGAUGAUAAUAAUCGCCAUCUUUCCAAUCGAAAGAGAAGGUUUUCCAAGAAACAGUCCUCCUCGUCCCUUUCGCCGCGUAAGUCCAACGCCGAGAAAGAAGCUACUGCACAGAAGUGUCGAAGGAGUUCAAAAGAUGAUCUACAUGUUUCGCGUGCAGAUCAACGUACUAAGGGAAAAACUGAAUGCUGCCAACCGACAGCCUACAGGUCUCCAUUUGGUCUCCAGAAAAAAGGGAACAAAGGCACUGCAUUCGAUGCAAAAGAGGAACAGGUUGAAGAUGCUGGUAAUUUUCAAGAUUCACCUUUCCUGAACGCUGUUGUAAAGGUUUAUUGCACGCACACCGCUCCAGAUUAUUCCCUUCCAUGGCAGAAACAAAGGCAGUUCACGAGUACUGGAAGUGCCUUCAUGAUUGGUGAUGGGAAGCUUUUGACAAAUGCACAUUGUGUUGAACAUGACACACAGGUCAAAGUGAAGAGAAGGGGAGAUGACACCAAGUAUGUGGCCAAGGUACUGGCUAGAGGUGUAGAGUGUGAUAUGGCUCUACUUUCAGUAGAGAGCAAGGAAUUCUGGGAAGGUGCCGAGCCCCUUCGUUUUGGUCGUUUGCCUCGUCUUCAGGAUCCUGUAACUGUUGUUGGAUACCCGCUUGGUGGUGAUACAAUUUCUGUAACAAAGGGGGUCGUAUCAAGAAUUGAGGUUACGUCUUACGCUCAUGGAUCAUCAGAUUUGUUGGGAAUCCAAAUUGAUGCUGCUAUUAAUCCCGGUAAUAGUGGUGGUCCUGCCUUCAAUGACCAGGGAGAAUGUAUUGGAGUAGCAUUUCAGGUUUUCAGAUCUGAUGAAGUUGAAAAUAUUGGCUAUGUUAUCCCAACUACAGUUGUGUCUCAUUUUCUGGAUGACUACGAGAGAAAUGGGAAGUAUACUGGUUUCCCUAGCCUUGGUGUGUUGUUACAAAAGUUGGAGAAUCCUGCGCUUCGCGAGUGCUUAAAAGUGCCGUCAAAUGAGGGUGUGCUUGUUCGGAGAGUUGAGCCAACUUCUGAUGCAAGCAAUGUGCUGAAGAUGGGUGAUGUCAUUGUCAGCUUUGAUGAUAUUCGUAUUGGGUGUGAGGGUACAGUGCCAUUUCGAUCCAGUGAACGCAUAGCAUUUCGUUACCUUAUCAGUCAGAAAUUUUCUGGGGAUGUGGCAGAGCUUGGUAUUGUCAGAGCGGGGGAAUUCACAAAAGUUAAAGCAGUUUUAAAUACCCGGGUGCAUUUGGUCCCGUAUCACAUUGAAGGAGGUCAGCCUUCAUAUUUAAUAGUUGCUGGAUUGGUCUUCACACCACUAUCUGAACCGCUGAUAGAGGAAGAAUGUGAAGACCAUAUAGGGCUAAAAUUAUUGACGAAGGCAAGGUAUUCCUUGGCUAGAUUCAGAGGGGAACAAAUAGUAAUACUUUCACAGGUCUUGGCAAAUGAAGUAAAUAUUGGGUAUGAAGAUAUGAGUAAUGAGCAGGUUUUGAAGUUAAAUGGAACUCACAUAAAAAACAUUCACCACCUUGCCCAUCUUGUUGAUUCUUGCAAGGAUAAGUAUUUGGUCUUUGAGUUUGAAGACAAUUAUUUGGUUGUUUUGGAAAGAGAGGCAGCCAUUUCUGCCUCUGCUAGCAUUCUCAAAGAUUAUGGAAUUCCAUCUCAAAGAUCCUCUGACCUAUCAGAGCCAUACAUUGACAUCGGUGGUGUAAAUUGCCCUGGUGAACAACAUGAAUUUGGGGAUAGUCCCGUUUCAAACUCAGAAUUUGGUUUCGAUGGCAUUCUGUGGGUGUGA